AUGUUGCCUCGUAAUUUGCAAGCACUACGAGAUAGAAAAAAUAAUUGGUCGCUAGCAGAAGAUCGACAACUUUGUAGUGUGUUGGAGGAAAUCAAAUCUUCGUUAACCAUAAAGAUCAAUAAUAUUUCGGAUGCAAUCCAAGAAAAUUCUUUGAAGAUCACCAAUGCAUGUGUACAAGUUUCGAAUCUCAACAAUCGAUUGUCCUUAUUUGCAGCAGAUCAAUUUAUUGAAAGCCGUGUGGCAGAUGACGUAUCAGUAUGCGUUGAUCCAACUCCGACUUCCCAAGAGGUGAUCCAAAAUAAGCAAACGGAAAAAACUGAUAACUUGCGUCAGGCAGUCUCAAUGGGAUUAGAGUUGAUGCGAACACAUUUCAAACGAAUCGAUAUACGUCCCGAGGAUUUAGAUGAAGAUGACGAUCCAAUUUGCAUACCUGCACCAGUCUUCGAACCAUAUGAUGAAAAUCUUUCGCGACCCUUACCGUUCCUGAUUGGCAGUUCAGAGUGGAAAUCUUCACCUUAUGCAAGUUCUUCAGAAGAAUGUGCUGAAAUAGCGAAGGUUACUGAAGAGGUUGUUAUCAGUUUGCCACCUUUUAUCCAACCGAAAAUGGCGGAGUGUAGAGGUUUAUCUUAUACGAAUACAUUAGAUGGAAAGUUUGCAUAUAUGACAUCGAAUCAAGCUACAUCAAAUAUCAAUGGUGUUGAAGCAAAAAUUGCUAGCUGUUCAAAUGAAUAUAGGAGCGAAACUUAUACACCACAAGAAGUGAUUGCUACAUCAAGUUCGCAGAAUUCUUUGCUGAAAGAAAAAGAAGUUGAAAAUACAGCAGACUUCACAUCUGAUUUGUCAAGAAAUAGAGUAUCACGGCGGUAUCCUGAACUGCCUGUAGUAACGCGAAAUCCUGAAGUGUCAGUGGGGCAUUCUGGCUCCGAAGUAUCCCGUAGGCCUCCGGAUAUGGAAGUAUCUACGAGGCUUCCGAAAUCGGAAAUACCAGUUAAAAGAGUAUCGAUUACUGAUACAAUAGAAAAUCAAGCAAAGGGAAAAACCAAUGAAGGCGCAUCAAACGCUAUGGGUAAUUUGUUUAUCGACAGCAGCUCCGACGAAGAUGACCUUUUCAGUGACCUAAAAAAUACGAUUGUGGAAACAAAGCAACAUAUUUCUACUUAUUCAAAUGAUUCUCAAAUCAUUUCAACCGCUGAGAAGGAGAAAACUGACUUACAAACGGAUAUGAAUGUGCGCAGUUCAGAUGUGUUUGCUGAUGUGUUGAAACCAAAAAAUUCUUUGGAAGCUACGGAUUAUAUCUUUGCAAACAACGAGCAGACUUCGGAUACAUUUCGGAAUAAAUUAGAUAGUAUACUCUCAAGUAAAAUUAUGUCAGAUGCGAUCAGUGGUUUGGGAAAACGUCAAGAGAAAGAAAUUGUAGGAGAAAAGAUAAAGGAUGAUGGAACCAACGCUGUUUUACCUUUCCUUGCAAAGCUGCGGGCCAAAGGACCGCCUCGACGUUCACCAUCACAUUUAUUGGAGAAUUCUGGCAAAAACAGUAAUAAGGAUGAAGUGAGAUCGGUUCAUUCUUCCAUUGCAACUGCAAGUGCGGAAGAUAAUCGAACUAUUGGAGAAAUAGCUGAGAUGUAUAAGGAGCGACAAGAUGGUCAGCUGAAAAUCGAUCUCGAGAAGCGUACUACUGUGAAUGUAAACAGUUUGAAGCAGAGAAACGACAUUAAUUCCAUAUUUUCUUCUGAUUCCGAUGAUGACAUUUUUUCUACUUUUUCCAGUAGGUCUGAAACUAAUGCAUUUGUUUCGAAGUUACACACUGGAAACAAUGGUGUACAGUCACUGCCAUCCUCUGGGGAACGUUCUUUAAUCACAUCAGUAAGCCGAUCACAAACUGCUAAAACUGAUUGCAAGUUGAAGAAUUUGUUUGAUUCAGAUAAUGAUCUUUUUGCUAGCUCUAUUUCGGUAAAAAAACAGGAACAGGAGUCUGCUAGAGAUAAAGAAGCUACUUUGACAAAGGUAAUUCAAGAGGCAAUCAUUCCAAAAAAGAAUGGGUCAGUUCUCGAAAAAAAGGAAACAGUUGUCCCGGGAAAAAAAAUAAAUGCUUCGAAAGCGAAAAGAGUGGAUAUUUUUGGUGAUGAUUCUGAUAGCGAUAUUUUCAUCUGA